AUGAUAAAAGGCUACGACAAACCCAAGGCCAGCAGCCACACGCUCGAGGAACCUCAAUUUAAUGGAGUCCUGAUUCGUUGCGAUGGAGAGGUGGCUUUGGGCAAAUCCAGGUUUGAGGCCACCACGCACGACCCGAGAAAGCUGAAUGGCACGAUUCUUUCAUGGUUCAAGAGCGACAUUGUCCGAAUGGUUGGUCUGGAUGUUCAAGUCUGGCAUACCGAUUACAUUGGUAACCAAGACGCUACACAAAGCGAGCAGGCCCAUUACAGGAACGAUGAUGCUGCCAAUCUCAGCUUGUCUUUUUGCGGGGAGACAACAAUUGAACGGAUUGGUCUAAGAGAGGUAGGAUUCGAAGGGGAUGGAGAGUAUAAUCCUGGAACAAUCGUCCUGGUUGCCAAAACACAUUUAGCUGUACAGCAUGUGGAGUUCCUUUGCCACUAUGCAGCCGCCGCCUACAGAGAUGCGAUAGCUUUGAACGAAAAGGCAGGUGGUUCGGAAAUGCUGUGGGAUUGUGGGAAGGCAGAGAUACAUGGUAGGAUGGAAAAUCUUCAGUUUUUGUACGCUUGGCAAGAGUAUCAGGAGGCGAAGGCAAAGACUGAUGAGGCGUGGAGGGGUAUUCCGCCUCCAAACCUGAAAUAG